CGAAUCAAAACAAAAUUAUAUCCUGAUAAUAAGAAUAAAUCCUUUUUCCCUAGCCUUACGAAAUAAUAAUUUAACGAAUUAUGUGCACCGUAUCGUCUUCAAGUGUUUUAAUUAUAUUUGUAGUAUCUUUAAAGAUAUCCUGUGCGAUAGUUCCUCAUACUUCCUUAGAGGAAGCGCGUUUGGAACGUCAACGUUUGGUACAAAAAUAUAUAAAAACUUUAAAUAAAGAGGAGGGAGCAAUACGUUUAGUGGGCGGACGAAAUGAAUAUGAAGGCAAUAUAGAGGUUCUCCAUAACAAUAAAUGGGGUUCGGUAUGCGAUGAUGAAUGGGAUUCGGUUGAGGGUCGAAUUGUUUGUGAACAGCUGGGCUUUCCAGGUCUUAAGAAAAUCACCCAUAGCGGUUACUUUGGGCCGGCGCGUCGUCGAUUUUGGAUGGACAAUCUAUUUUGUGAAGGUCAUGAAAAAGAAUUAACGGAUUGCCACUUCGAUGGUUGGGGGCUAAAUGAUUGUGAGCCCACAGAGGCGGCCGGUGUUAUUUGUCAAUCCCCUGCGGGCGAAGAAACGCUACCCGAAAUAAAACCAGAAUAUUACGAGCCUAAAAGUCGCAUUCACUAUAGUCAACGUAUGGAAAUACGCUUACGAGGCGGCCGCGUACCAAACGAGGGACGAAUAGAAGUUCGUUUGAACGGAGGCGCUUGGGGCAGUAUAUGUUCCGAUGGUUGGUCUUUACUCGAGGCUAACGUUGUGUGUCGCCAAUUAGGUUUAGGCUAUGCGCGCGACGCUUUGCAAACGGAUUACUUCGGCGGAGCGGAUUUGACGCCAGUCUUACUCAGCGGUACUGAAUGUUACGGUAACGAAACCUCUUUGCAGGAGUGUUUACAUUACGAUUUUAGUCGUGGAACUUCGACAUGUCAUGGCGAACGUAAUCACGUAGCCGUAGUUGUUUGCCAUAUAUUGGCUCCCGAUUUAGUUGUCGAUUAUUACGAAAUUGAACGCACGGCCCAUUUAGAAGAUCGCCCGAUGGCUUUAAUGCAGUGCGCCAUGGAGGAGAAUUGUGUGGCCAAUGAGGCUUACGAUAUACAACGCGACGAUCCUAAUUGGCGUUAUGUGACUAGACGCCUGUUGAAAUUUACCGCCAGUGCUUUAAAUGCUGGCAACACAGAUUUUCGACCCUUUAAAGACAAGAGUAUGUGGGAAUGGCAUAUGUGUCAUAUGCACUAUCACAGCAUGGAAGUGUUUGCUACUUUCGAUAUUUAUGAUGCACGGGGCAGUAAAGUGGCUCAAGGUCAUAAAGCAUCGUUUUGCUUGGAGGAUAGCCAAUGUCUGCCGGGUAUACCCAAGAAAUAUAAUUGCGCGAAUUUCGGAGAUCAAGGAAUCUCUGUUAAUUGCUCGGAUGUUUAUUUAUAUAACCUAGACUGCCAAUGGGUUGAUAUAACCGAAAUGAAUACCGGUUUGUAUACCUUGAAAAUUGCCAUAAAUCCUGAAUUUAAAGUUUCCGAAAUGAGUUUCGAUAAUAAUGCUGCCAUUUGUAAUUUAUUAUAUACCGAUACUUAUGCUCGUGUAGAUAAUUGUAGAUUAGAGAGACCCUGAUUUUUUUUUUUUUUUUUUUUAAUAUACAUCCAUUUAUACAUAUAGAAUAUCUACAUAACUUUAGUUAACACAUUUAAUGAUCUUUAUAUUUAAAAAGCAAGAGAGAGAACCUGUGCCAAAUAUUAA